AAUCUGAUAUCAUUAUCAAUUAGUUAAUUACAGUGAUUUAUUAAUUGUUUGUCUAGGAUGCGGUUCGCACUCCCCUGUGUCCAAAAGCGAGACGAGGAUGGCGUCAAUUCGAGGCAAAUUGACAGGGAAAUUAAGAAUUGGAUUAAAUCCUACAAUGAUGCAAUCAAAUUACUUUUGCUCGGGACGGGCGAAAGCGGGAAAACAACUAUAAUAAAACAAAUGAAAAUCUUGCACGUGCAAGGGUUUUCCCCCAGCGAUCGAGCAGAGAAAGUAAAAUACAUUCGGCAUAAUGUCCACGAAUCCAUUUACGAUAUAGUCCGCAACAUGAGCGGGCUAAGUAUACCGCUACAGAGCCCUAAAAAUGUGCAGGCGCAGCAGUUCAUACUGAAGUGUGGGCCGGAUGGACCGCCAGAGUAUACUGAGGAAUAUUUUGAUUUUGUGAGAAAGCUGUGGCAUGACGCUGGAGUAAAGGAGUGUUUCAAGAGGUCCAAUGAGUAUCAGCUGAUUGACAGCGCUGAAUAUUUUUUGAAUAGAAUAGACCUUUUAGAGAAACCAGACUAUGUGCCGUCAGAUGCCGAUAUAUUAAGAUGUCGACAGAAAACUACUGGGAUUCAGAAAAUCGAAUUUAAAGUCAAGGUGCCUAAGUCAAUGCAAGGUGGAGUCCAAGAUUUCUGGAUGUUCGACGUUGGCGGGCAGAGAGGGGAGAGGAAGAAAUGGAUACAGGUAUUCGAAGGCAUCCACGCCAUAUGGUUUCUAGUCGCGUGCAGCGACUUCGACCAGACGCUGAGAGAGGACACCUCUCAGAACCGCCUUAGAGAAGCGCUGGUGUUGUUCCAAGAUGUCUGGCUCAGUAGGUUCCUCUUGGAAGCAGGCCUGAUAGUGUUCCUGAACAAGCAGGACCUGCUGCAGCAGAAGCUGGCGCAGGGCCGCGGCAUAGCGCGCUACUUCCCAGAGUACGACAGCUUUCAGGCGCCCGGCGAUGAAUACAACAGAACUAAGCUGUUUAUUAGGAAUAUGUUCGCUGACGUAACAAAAAAGAAACGCGAACGCAAGCCCCAGUCGUCAGCGGAGAGCUUCGUAAUACAAGAAGUGAGUCAACCACGCGAAUGUUACUUCCACUACACCACGGCGACCGACACGGACAACGUCCGGACCGUGUUCAAAGAUGUUCACCAGAUGAUCCUCACUAAUAUACUGACUAAUAUUGGUGUUUAUUAAGCCGUUUUGAUGAACACAAUCAACAAAAACAUUACAAAAUCGUCUACACAAAAAAUAAUAUACCUAAGUACUAACAUAAUGUGUAAAAAAAAAUGGAAACUAAUUAAAACAAACUACUUAUGUUAAAAAAAGGAUAAGAACAUUUUUUUGCUUGCAUAAAAAAAUGUGAGCAUAAAAUACGCGUGUCGAGCGAUGUGUAAAUGUUUUUUAUGUGUGUAGGUAUUUUUGUUGGUUGUUUUCAAAAAAACUUUCGCUGGAGAUCCGGCUUUUGGGAUGUGAGGUAUCAGAAAAUGAGUGCACUUUUUAUUUUCAUUUAAAAAAAAAUCUGUUAAUUCCAAAAUCUGACUGCAUCCCGAGUUAUUUAUGUUGUAACGUAACCCUAUGUUGAUUUGUCUAAAUUAAAUUAUUACCCAUAAGAAAUAUUAGUCUAUUACUGACACCCACACAAGUGAAAUUUGCACGUAAAUAUUCCCCAAGAAAACAAACAAUUUAUACAGAGGUGGAAAACGACUUUAAUUAGGUAGGUAUGUUUCUUCUUUGUAUAAGUAGUGGUCCUAUUAAUUAUUUUUUAUCAGUUUUAAUUUAGCUGUAUAAA